CAAGGAGAAGAAGAUACAAGUCACAAGAAGAAGAAGAAGAGGUCACCGUCACCGGGCAAGAUGGCAGCCGGGGUGUUGGGCAGCUUCGGCCAGAAAUUCCUCGCUUCUCCCCUGUGUGGCGGCUCUCGUGGCCUCCUGAAGAAGGCUGCCACAGGGUGCUACGCCAGCCGUGGGGCAGCCUCCUGGUAUCCAGAUCCAGAAUGGAUCAAGCAGUUCGAGGGUCCUGUGCUGGUGCCACCAGAGGAGCAGGGCAUGAUGUCACCCCCCAAGUGGGCCACUGCUACCAGGGUAGUGCCUGUUGAGAAGAAGGUCCGCAAUGUGACCCUCAAUUUUGGUCCCCAGCACCCAGCGGCUCACGGCGUGCUGAGGCUGGUGCUGGAGCUGGAUGGAGAGACAGUGAUGCGUGCUGACCCCCACAUUGGGCUGCUGCACCGAGGAACUGAGAAGCUAAUUGAAUACAAGACAUACACCCAGGCGCUUCCUUACUUCGACCGCCUCGACUAUGUGUCCAUGAUGUGCAACGAACAGGCGUACUCCCUGGCCGUGGAGAAGCUGCUUGGCCUGGAGGCUCCCAUCAGGGCCAAGUACAUCCGAACCAUGUUUGCCGAGAUCACUCGCAUCCUCAACCACUGCAUGUUCCUGGGAGCUCAUGCCAUGGAUGUGGGGGCCCUCACCCCCUUCCUGUGGCUCUUUGAGGAGCGUGAGAAGAUGAUGGAGUUCUAUGAGCGAGCUUCCGGGGCCCGCCUUCAUGCUGCCUAUGUGCGGCCUGGUGGUGUAGCCAUUGACAUCCCAAUUGGCCUCAUGGAUGACAUUUACGAGUUCAUCAGCAAGUUUGGGGAGCGGCUGGAUGAGGUGGAGGAUGUGCUUACCAAUAACCGUAUCUGGAAACAGCGUACCAUCGACAUCGGUACUGUCACUGCCGAGGAGGCUCUUAACUAUGGCUUCAGUGGGGUGAUGCUGCGUGGCUCCGGCAUCAAGUGGGACCUGCGCAAGACUCAGCCAUAUGAUGCCUACGACUUGGUGGAGUUUGACGUUCCUGUAGGAAAGAAUGGAGACACCUACGACAGGUACUUGAUCCGUGUAGAGGAAAUGAGGCAGUCACUGCGCAUCGUUGAACAGUGCCUCAACCAGAUGCCGGCAGGGGAGGUCCGUGUGGAUGACGCCAAGGUGGCCCCACCCAGGAGAAGUGAGAUGAAGACAUCGAUGGAGGCUCUGAUCCAUCACUUCAAGGUCUUCACCCAGGGUUACCAGGUUCCCCCUGGAGCUACCUACACUGCUGUUGAGGCACCCAAGGGAGAGUUUGGAGUCUACCUGGUCUCUGAUGGCUCAUCAAGGCCUUACAGGUGCAAGAUCAAGGCUCCAGGCUUUGCUCACUUGGCUGCCACAGACAUGGUGGGCAAGAAUCACAUGCUGGCAGACAUCGUGGCCAUUAUUGGGACUCUAGACAUUGUGUUUGGUGAGGUUGAUCGUUAAAAUCUUGUCUCUGCUGCCAAUCAGCGAUGUAUGGAACAUGAAGACCAUUAGAGGAGGAGGUCAGAUAUGUACGGGAAGUAAUGUUGGGUCAUGGUCACCUGUAGAUAUGAUUGUUCUGAAAAUUAAGGGAAUUCAUAGAAGGUUUUCUUCUAAUUACAUUUCUUUUUCUAUUUAUUAAGAUAUGGUUUCUUUACCUUUGUAAAUAAUGUUGAAAAAUUCUUUCAUGGAAAUAUAGAUAUUAAUUACA